AUGACUUUCUGGAAUAGAACUGCUCAGGUUAUAUUUCUUGAAUCCCCAGAGUUCCAGAGGGCAGCAGGUGGACGGGUCAAGGUUCCCGGAUGUACUUUCCGGCGUCCAUCUUGGGAGGCUGAAGAACCUGAGGCAUUUUGUGACGAGGCUCGUCUCAGGUCAGCGGAGGGGACCUAUCCAGUCUUCAAGGAAGACAUUGAGGAGGACCGGGGGAACCCCCACCUCAGAGGACGGAUUCCCGGAGAUUCCCACCCUGCUCCUCAAAUCAGCCCUCCUAGAGCGCCCCAGUCGGCUCAGGCUGAGCAGCCGCCCUCUCGUUGCUGGGUGAGGGGUGUAGGGGACGGGGAGGGGGAGGCCUUGUUCUGGGGUCCCCUGGCAACCUCGGCCUCUGCGUCCACGCUGCGGCGCUUGAGGAACCCUUCAGCCCGCCACGGCACUGUAGGAGCCCCUCUCUGGGCUGGCAGAGGCCAGAGCAGCCUCCUUCUGCUUGCAGGGAGGUGUGGAGGGAGAGCCGUGAGUGGGGACCCUGGCUGCGUGCUGCCCUGGCGGUCUAGCGCGAGUUCCGGCUGGCGCCGGCUCGGUGGGACCCACACACCGAGCGGUCAGCUGGAGCCUCCGACCAAGGGCAGUGAGGGGCCUACCACCUGGGCCAGCAGCUGCAGAGGGUGCCGGCGGGCCGCACUGCACUCAAGUUCUCCUCAGGCCUCAGCUGCCUCCCCACAGGGCAGGGCUUGGAACCUGCAGCCCGCCAUGUUUGGGCCCCCCUUCCUGGGUGGCCUCCCCCGUGGCCCGAGCAUCCCCAAUGGGCGCUGCCGCCUGCUCCAUGGGGACAAGGAGAUGCCUGCUGCUGGGAUGCCGCGUCUUCUCCAGAGUUCCGCUGAGAGUCGUCUGAGUCAUCCUGAGUGGGAGGACUCCCCGGGUCUUCUCCAGAGUCCUCCUGAGGGGAAAGACUCCCAGUCUCCUCUCCAGAAUCCUCAGAGUCCUCCUGAGGGCGAGGACUCCCUGUCUCCUCUCCAGAUUUCUCAGAGCCCUCCUGAGGGUGAGGACGUCCAGUCUCCUCUCCAGAUUUCUCAGAGCGCUCCUGAGGGUGAGGACGUCCAGUCUCCUCUCCAGAAUCCUGCGAGCUCCUUGUUCUCCUCCACUUUACUGAGUCUUUUCCAGAGUUCCCCUGAGAGUUCUGAAAGUCCUUUUGAGGAUUUUCCCCAGUCUCCUCCCCAGUUUCCUGUGAGCUACUCCUUCUCAUCCACUUUACUGUGUGUUUUCCAGAGUUCCCCUGAGAGUUCUCAAAGUCCUUUUGAGGGUUUUCCCCAGUCUCCUCCCCAGUUUCCUGUGAGCUCCUCCUUCUCAUCCACUUUACUGUGUGUUUUCCAGAGUUCCCCUGAGAGUUCUCAAAGUACUUUUGAGGGUUUUCCCCAGUAUCCUCCCCAGUUUCCUGUGAGCUCCUCCUUCUCAUCCACUUUACUGUGUGUUUUCCAGAGUUCCCCUGAGAGUUCUCAAAGUACUUUUGAGGGUUUUCCCCAGUCUCCUCUCCAGAUUCCUGUGAGCUCCUCCUCCUCCCCUUUACUGAGUGUUUUCCAGAGUUCCCCUGAGAGUUCUCAAAGUACUUUUGAGGGUUUUCCCCAGUCUGCUCUCGAGAUUCCUCAGAGUCCUGCCGAGGGAGACAACUCUCAGUUCCCUCUCCAUAGUCCUCAGAGUCCUCCUGAGGGGGAGGACUCCCCGUCUCCGUUCCAGAGUCCUCCUGAGUGGGAGAAUACCCUUUCUCCUCUCCAGAUUCCUCAGAAUCCUCCUGAGUGGGAGGACUGUCUGUCUCGUCUCCAGAUUCAUACGUGUCCUCCUGAUGGGGAGGACUUCCAGUCUCCUCUCCAUAUUCCUCAGACUCCUCCUCAGUGGGAGGACUCCCUCUCUCCUCUCCAUUUUCCUUAUAGGCCUCCUCAGGGGGAGGACUUCCAGUCUUCUCUCCAGAGUCCUGUAAGCAUCUACUCCUCCUCCACUUCAUUGAGCCUUCCCCAGAGUUUCUCUGAAAGUCCUCAGAGCCCUCCUGAGGGGCCUGCCCAGUCUCCUUUCUAUAGUCCUCAGAGCCCUCCUGAGGGGAUGGACUCCCAGUCUCCUUUCCAGAGUCCUCCUGAGGGGGAGGAUUCCCUGUCUCCUCUCUACAUUCCUCAGAGUCCUCUUGAGUGGGAGGUCUCCUUGUCUCCCUUUCCUCACACCCCUCCUCAGGGGGAGGACUCCCAGUCUUCUCUCCAGAGUCCUGUGAUUAUCUGUUCCUCCUCGACUUCACUGAGUCUUCCCCAGGAUUUCCCUGAGAGACCUCAGAGACCCCCUGAGGGGCCUGCUCAGUCUCCUCUCCAGAAACCUCUCAGCUCCUUCUCCUACACUUUAGCGAGUCUUCUGCAGAGUCCCCAUGAGAGUCCUCAGAGUCCAUCUGAGGGGCCUGUCCAGUCUCCACUCCAGAGACCUGUCAGCUCCUUCUCGUCCACUUCAUUGAGUCUUUCCCAGAGUUCUCCUGAGAGUCCUCCUGAAGGGCCUGCGCAGCCUCCUCUCCAGAGUGCUGUGAGCUCCUCCUCCUCCUCCUCCACUGCAUUGAGUCUUUCCCAGAGUUCCCCUGAGAGUCCUCAGAGUCCUCCUGAGGGGCCUGCCCAGUCUCCUCUCCAGAGUGCUGUGAGCUCCUCCUCCUCCUCCACUUCCUUGAGCCCAUUCAGUGAAGAGUCCAGCAGCCCAGUAGAUGAAGAUACAAGCACCUCAGACACCUUGCUAGAGAGCGAGUCCUUGACAGACAGUGAGUCCUUGAUAGAGAGCGAGCCCUUGUUCACUUAUACACUGGAUGAAAAGGUGGACGAGUCGGUGCGGUUUCUUCUCCUCAAAUAUCAAGCGAAGCAGCCUGUCACAAAGGCAGAGAUGGUGACGAAUGUCAUCAGCAGGUACAGGGGCUACUUUCCUAUGAUCUUCAGGAAAGCCCGUGAGUUCAUAGAGAUUCUUUUUGGCAUUUCCCUGAGAGAAGUGGACCCUGACGGCUCCUACAUCUUUGUAAACACAUUAGAGCUCAGCUGUGAGGGGAGUCUGAGUGAUGAGCAGGGCAUGCCCCCGAACCACCUCCUGAUUCUUAUUCUGAGUAUCAUCUUCAUGAAGGGCACCUGUGCCUCUGAGGAGGUCAUCUGGGAUGUGCUGAGUGGAAUAGGGGUGCGUGCUGGGAGGGAGCACUUUAUCUUUGGGGAGCCCAGGGAGCUCCUCACUAAAGUUUGGGUGCAGGAACGUUACCUAGAGUACCGGGAGGUGCCCAACACUGCUCCUCCACGUUACGAAUUCCUUUGGGGCCCAAGAGCUCAUUCAGAAAUCAGUAAGAGGAAAGUAGUCGAGUUUUUGGCCAUGCUCAACAAUACCGUCCCUAUUUCCUUUCCACCCUCGUACAAGGAUGCUUUGAAAGAUGUGGAAGAGAGAGCCCAGGCCAUAAUUGACACCACAGAUGACUCCCCUGCCACAGACAGUGCAAGCCCCAGUGUCGUGUCCCCCAGCUUCUCUUCUGAGUGAAGUCGGUAGAUUCUUCCCUCUGAGUUUGAAGAGGGCAGUUGAGUUUCUUCGUGGUGGAGGGCCCGGGUGAGGCUGGGGAGAACACAGUGCUGUUUGCACUUCUGUUCCAUAGGGGCAGUUGCGGGAUUUACCUGUUUUCCUUUUGGGUAUUUUUCAGAUGCUUUUCCUAUUAAUGACAGGUUUAAAUAGCUUCAGGAUCUCAGUUUACGAAUAUUAGUCACACGUGUAUUGCUGUUUAUCUGGUUUAAGAGUAACAGUUUGAUAUUUUGUAAAAACAAAAACACACACAAACACACCACAUUG